UGAUAAUGCUGAGUGUGUAUAUAUAGAGAGAGAAACAGAGAAAGGGGGGUGGAGAGAGAGGGUGUGGGACCCUCGUGAACAGUUUAAUUCGGCCGCCCGCUUUGUCGUCUCCUCGUCUCCGUCCACCUCCGUUACCAUUGCUCUUCUCUCUCUCUCUCUUGUACUUGUUGUUUCUCUCUCUCUCUCUACAAGAUAUAUGUGUCUUCGAUCUCUCUCACAAACUCACUGUUCCCUUAUUUCAGCAACAAGUGUCUCUUCCUUCCUUGUUCAGAACUUUAACGAGGAAUCAAUCAACGGGAUGGAAAGACAAGAGAUACAAAGAGUAUAAAAAGACACACAUCUGUUUGCAUACGUAUAAUAGCUUUGCAGAAUCUCAUAUUCCAGAGAAAAGAGUGGACUACACAGAUGCAAGCUUUUUCUGGGAUUGUUUCGUCUUCUUUCAUCUCUUACUUGUUCACUGAAUCAAAUUAAAUGAAUGACUAGCUUUAUCUGAAACUCUGAAGAUCAUUUUCGCUGCUGGGUUCUUGCUUAAUUUUAGCUCUUAGCUCUUGUUUUACAGAGCCAUUAUCAUGGCUGGUAGUAAUGAAGUCAACCUCAAUGAAUCCAAGAGGGUAGUUCCGCUGAACACUUGGGUCCUCAUCUCUAAUUUCAAGCUCGCAUAUAAUCUCCUUCGCCGUCCCGACGGAACCUUUAAUCGUGAAUUGGCAGAGUUUCUUGACCGUAAAGUCAAUGCAAACACCAUUCCAGUUGAUGGGGUUUUCUCCUUUGAUUAUGUCGAUCGAUCCACAGGCCUCCUUAGCCGGGUUUAUCAACCUGCCCCUGAAAAUGAGGCUCAAUGGGGGAUUGUAGAGCUUGAAAAGCCUUUGAGCACGACUGAGAUUGUCCCAGUUAUAAUCUUUUUCCACGGCGGAAGCUUCACUCAUUCCUCUGCCAAUAGUGCAAUCUAUGACACCUUUUGCCGCCGCCUUGUAAGUAUUUGCAAGGCUGUUGUGGUGUCUGUUAAUUAUCGGCGGUCACCUGAGUAUCGAUACCCAUGUGCAUACGAUGAUGGCUGGGCAGCUCUCAAGUGGGUUAAAUCAAGAACAUGGCUUCAAAGUGGGAAAGAUUCCAAGGUUCAUGUAUACUUGGCCGGGGAUAGUUCCGGUGGAAAUAUAGCACACCAUGUCGCAGUGAGGGCAGCGGAAGCCGAAAUCGAAGUAUUGGGUAACAUUCUUCUGCAUCCAAUGUUCGGCGGCCAAGAGAGAACUGAAUCAGAGAAGAGAUUAGACGGAAAAUACUUCGUUACGAUUCAAGAUCGUGACUGGUACUGGCGAGCAUAUCUACCUGAAGGAGAAGAUAGAGAUCAUCCAGCAUGUAAUAUCUUUGGCCCUCGAGGGAAAAAUCUCGCAGCACUCAAAUUCCCAAAAAGUCUAGUCGUUGUGGCUGGUUUCGAUCUUGUUCAAGAUUGGCAAUUAGCUUACGUUGAAGGAUUACAGAGAGCUGGCCAUGAAGUGAAACUUCUAUAUCUAGAGCAAGCCACAAUAGGAUUCUACUUUUUGCCAAAUAACGAUCAUUUCUAUUGCCUCAUGGAGGAGAUAAAAAAUUUCGUCAAUCCUAACUGUUAAUACGCUCCUUAUCUUUACGUACAGCCAGCCAAUACAUAACAGAAAAGCUUGAAACUUUUAACUUGGGCUCUCUUUUUUUUCUCUUCUUCCCACUUUGCAGUAAUGGUGUGUAGUUAUACGAAUGUGUAAUACUUCUUCUUACCAUAUCACCACUUGGGGUGGUGAUAUGUGUUCUGUAUCGUCGGGGAGUUUCUGCUGCUACUGAGGAUCAGAACGUGUUAAUGGGAUUCAGCUGAGCCACCAGAUAGAAAAUUAAGCUUUACCCUUGUUCACUUCUGGCCAUAAAUAAUGGGGAAGGAAGAAGUGUGGGUGGUAACAUUUGGUGGUUUGAUUAAUUCGUUUUAGUACUAAUUUCAGACUGGAACAUAUCCAAUCUUGUCAUGUCACUUGUAUGUUAUACUUGUGUUUUAGAAUAUAUAAAAGAUUUUGUUUGCUUUUA